AUGGAAGAUGUCAUGCAGCAGAUGAUUCAAGGUCGACAGCAGAAAGUGAAGGACAUCAAAGACACAGUACAAUCAGGCAGAAUAAAUGCAGAGAGAGAUAUUAGGGAGAGCUUGGAGGUCUUUACUGCUCUGGUGCGCUCCAUUCAGAGAAGCCAGGCUGAGCUCAUUGAGGUGAUUGGGGAGGAGCAGAAAGCAGCAGAGAGGCAGGCUGAAGGAGAGACACUGAGCUGGAGCAGCUCUCACACACUGAGGACCACCUUCACCUCAUCCAUAGCUUCCCAUCCCUGUGCACUCCUCCUCUCACCAAUAACUGGUCUGAGAUCAGUGGUCAAUGUGUUGUCUACCCCAAACUCUUCCUCUGACAACGGUAAACAAGUGGCCCAYGGCAAAACAGCGCUGAACCUCCCUGACAACCCUGAGAGGUUUUACCCUUGUCUCAGUGUCCUGAGGAAGGAGGGCUUCUCCUCAGUGAGGUGCUACUACAAGGUGCAGGUGAAGGGUAAGACCAAGUGGGACAUAGGAGUGGGGAGAGAGUCUGUCAACAAGAAAGGAGGGAAUAGCCUAAACCCUGAGCGUGGCUACUGGACAAUGGGAGGGGAGCUGCAGARGCRGUCUCUCUCGCCAGUGCUCUGUGCAGUUGUCUGGACCAUGCUCUCCUGUGGCAUCUUGCUGGCUUUCUGCUUCCUGCUCUUCACCCUGCGCUUCAAGAACAACAGGAUAGUGAAGAUGUCCAGUCCUAACCUUAAUGUGCUGACUCUGUGUGGAAGUAUCCUCACCUACAGCAGUGGCUUCCUAUUUGCUUUUGAGGAACGCAUCCACCUACAAGGGGCAGGAGCGAGAGCAAUACUCCAGGCCCGGAUCUGGACGUUGUGUCUUGGCAGCACUCUGGUAUUUGUGCCCAUCCUGGGGAAAACAUGGCGGCUCUACAGAGUAUUCACCCAACGUGUUCCUGACAAGAGAGUGAUCAUCAGAGACGUCCAGUUGAUGGGCUUGGUAUCUCUGUUGAUUCUGGUGGACCUGCUGGUUCUCACCGCCUGGAGUCUAACCGACCCGGUCAAAUGUGCACGGUCCAUUGGGGCUGUGGUCAAGGUGGUGGAGAGGGACAUGUCCUACUCUCUGUCUCAGCUGGACUCYUGUUCCUCUCUCUACUCAGACCUGUGGCAUAUCCUCCUCGCCGUGAUGAAGGGUGGCCUGCUCCUGUAUGGGACCUACCUGGCUGGUCUCACCAGCAACGUCAGCCUCCCUCCGGUCAACCAGUCCCCCACCAUCAUGACCGCGGUCAGCCUGGUCACCCUGUCCACGGCGGUGGCGGUCCCGGUGUCGCGGUUCCUGCAGGCAUGGCCSAACGUGGUCUAUAGUAUGGUGGCUGGAGCUAUCUUCAUCUGUACCCUCGCCACCAACUGUAUGCUAUUUGUACCUCAGUUGACCCAGUGGCGUCGGUUUGAGGAGGAGCACAACAACCCUAGUCAAAUGGCAAAGUACUUCAGCAGCCCCAGUAAGAGUGUCCAGUCUGUCUACAGCCAGGAUGAGAUCUACUAUCUCCUGGGAGAGAACAACUCCAUGAAGAUGCUCCUCAAUGAGAAGAAUGCUGUGAUUGACAGUCUGCAGGAGCAGGUGAACAACGCCAAAGACAAGCUACUGCGCCUCAUGUCCAGUAGCCACCCCCACGAGGACCAGGAAAUUGACUCUUCCACCACCAACCUCCACUCCUCAUCCACCCAGACCAUAGUUGUGCAGUCCGACUGCUCUCCAACUCUGCUGCCACACAGGAACAUAGCAGAACCUCUCCUCUCUUCUCCUCCCUUUUCUUCACCUCCUCUGUCUGCUCCUCCCACUACUUCUGCUGUCUAUACACCUCCUUCUGAUUCUCCCUCUGCUCCUCUCUCUACUCCUCCUCCACCUGCCCUCUCUCCUCCCCCAGGGGAUGGUGUGAGUGUGAAACAGUGGAGUGUAGAAUUUGGUCAAGACAUCCAGGGUGCAGGGGUGGAGACUGAGACAAGGUGGUGUAAGGUUGAGGGGACUGGGUCCCAGCAGCAGUGUGGAGGGGUGAGGUCUAACCUCCUAGUCACCCCUAAGCCCUCUGUCUUCUCCAGGACAGGAGUCAGGACACCAGGGAAGAGGGCAGGGACAAAAACCACACCCUCCUGUCAGUCAACCUAUGUCACUUCCUCUUCCUAUCUCUUUCCUGUGGGAAAGUCGGAACCCUCGCGUUGCCAUGGCCAUCCCGUGUUGCCGUGGGUGACAAGCGUCAGGCCGGCAGGGUUUGUGAGCAGUGAGCAUCUCCAGGAAAUCCUCCGGGAACUGAGUGUGGUCCCUGUCAUGGAAACGACCCUCCGCUCACCCAAUCACAGCAGGGGGAUCAGGAGACCCACUCUGCCCUCCUCGACCGACCCCUCGGUCCGCUCUCCUCUCUCCCUCCAUGCCCCUCGCACCCAUCAUCCCCCUCUCCUCUUCCGCUACCCCAGUAUCUCCCCCUACGUGAUGAGGAAACGCAGACCUCCAUUCCAUCAAMCCAGAGGGGGGCAUCCACCCUGUUACUACCCAGGGUCAGAGACUCCUCGCUGGGGAAGGAGGAGGGAUGCUGGAUCCUUACAACUAGAUAAGCACCCCUCAAAAACACAACCCCAGCUCGMGCCUGUUGGCACAGAGACCAGUCCCCUCCGCCCUGAAGACAGUGAUUCAGAAGAAUGGGAAGAGGCAGGGCAUAGAGUAACAAAUAGGUGUGGGAGGCGUGGCUCGAGGAGGAAGCACCGGCUACCACCCCCUCGAAAAUGCUCCAUCACCCCCUUCUCAGGACACACCCACCCAGGCCCUUCAAACGGGGACGGGGGCGGUGAGGGAGGGCUAGACCGAGACCGUGGCAGGGACUUGUAUGGUUACUGGGACUCAGACUCCAGCAGCUCGGCUGACUACUGCUACUACCACCGACCCUACUGYGAUGCCUGCCUGCCACACGGCUCCUACCCCUCCAGCGACAGCUCCUCCUCAUACUCCUCGGACAGUGAGUACGGCGGCUUCGCCAGCCUCUGCCGCUCCACACACCCUGUGGUCAACUUCAAGGAAGACCUCAAUCCCACCUUCGUAUGAGCCUGUCUGGAGCCUCAUUUGAAUGGGUGCUGCGGAAGAAUCAUUCAAGUCAAAGUGUGUUGUAAUUUACUUUCAAUGGCCAGUUCACGGCAGAACAAUUGAGUUUACGCACUGUUGUAACGCUAUUGAGAAGUAGUAAAUUGAGCAUGAACUGAUGUAAAUGCUUGCCUUGUAGGCCUACCCAUCCAACAUGGCUAUUUAGAAGGCAAAACAUCUGACUUUGCAUUCAUGGUAAUGUUCUUCCUUAUCUACAUGUGGAGUAUCCUUGCAACACAGUACCUCACAACAAUCACCUUAGAAACUCUUUCAUUUGGUUGCAAGUGUUUUAGAAAUGGGACCAAGUUGGGGUGUGUUGUUCAAUGGGUUGAGUUUGCUGUAUGAUGUCUGGGAUCUGCUUUUAAUGCUGACUUUGUCUUUCAUGUAUUGCUCUAACUGCCAAUGUCUCUAGGUUAUGUAAUAGAAAAUGUAAAUUUUUAGCUAAAUAUGAUAUAGUAUUUACAGUAGAUCAUAUAGAUUGUUACAUGUUACAAAAAAGGACUUGAUUUUAUUUAUCUGUUACCACAUACAGUGAACUCCAAAAGUUUUGGGACAGAGACACAUGUUUACUUCUUUUGGCUCUGUACUCCAGCACUUUUAAUUUGAAAUUAUAUAAUGACUAGGAUGUUAAAGUGCCAAAUGUCAGCUUUAAUUUCAGGGGAUUUUCAUCCAUAUCGAGUAAACCAUUUAGAAAUUACAGCACUUUUUGUACAUAGUCCCCAUAUUUUAGGGGA